GCAUGCUGUUGUAGGGGGACUAUUAUUUCUAACGUACAGGACAGUUGUGCCUAUGCGUCCUCUGCUAGGAAGUUGUUUUCUCAUUAAGGAACCAUGGGAUUGUUUUGUGUUAACCUCUUGAGGAAACAUCCUUUAUAUCUCAAUGGCCCUGCCUACCUGUCAAGAAGCUUUCAAACCUCGCUCUGCCGACAGAGACGACCGACUGCCACGAAGACAUCAAUUGACACAGAACUCCACGCAAGCAAGGCGUGUAAGAAUCAACUUCCUCCUGAAACUAUAGACUCAGUUUUCCAACUUAAAUUGAGGCGAUCUUUUUCUCAGAGACAUCCUGUCUUGUCCGAGAACGUACUUUCCUCCCCAGUGGGGAGACUGAGACGUGGUCCUCAUGUCCCUAUCAUAUGGCUGUCUCAGCGUGGACAAAACUUCCAUACCUCCUGCUCUCACCGUGCCCUGCCUGCGCCUCUCAUAUGGCUGGUACUCAAACCUCUGCAGAAGAUAACAGCUAUUAUACUGGGCAGGAGUAUCAGAAAUUGGUGGUUGGCUCUCCCUCCUAACAAGCAGCUGCUUCUACGUCAGGAGGUCUGGCGGUGUCGGUGGAAGCUGACGGCUGGGGGUAUGGCUGCUAUGGUGGUCAUGGCAAUUUUCUUACUGACUAAUCUGGAUGAAUCGCCCGUCACAGGACGCACACGACUCCUAGUAUUCAGUAGAGAGAACUACAUGGAGCUAGCUGCAGUGAUCGCAGACGGGUACAUGGAGGAGUUUGCUAACUCGCUGGUUCCAGAGAAGGACCCUCGUCACCAGGUGGUGGAGAUAGUGGUGCAGCACCUGGCCCAGCGGAACCAAGAUAUCCCAGAGGUCGCCUCUAUACCAUGGAGUGUCCAUGUUGUUGACAGCCCUAUCGUGAAUGCUUUCGUUCUGCCUAAUGGAAAGGUGUUCAUGUUCACUGGGAUGUUGGAGGCUGUAGCAGAUGUUCAUCAGCUCACCUUUAUCCUGGGACAUGAGAUGGCACAUGCAGUGCUUGGACACUCUGCAGAGCAGGCCAGCUUGUCUCACGCCGUAGACUUUCUUUCUCUGAUCAUGCUAACGGCCAUCUGGGCUCUUUGUCCUCGAGACAGCCUGGCAGUUCUGGGACAAUGGAUACAGACUAAACUCAAACAGUUCAUGCUUGAUCAACCCUAUAGUAGGAAGUUGGAGGCAGAAGCGGACCAGGUUGGACUCCAACUGGCUGCCAAGGCGUGUGCUGAUGUGCGGGCUGGGCCAGUGUUCUGGCAGCAGAUGGAGAUCAAUGACCAGCUAACGGGAGAACCUACCAUACCAGAGUGGCUCUCCACACACCCUUCUCACAAGAACAGAGUCACCCAGCUGGACAGGCUGGUCCCACAGUACCUGGAGUUGAGGGAGAGCUGUUCCUGUCCUGCCCUCCCUGCCACAGAUCCAAGAACCGUCUUCUCGCAGAGUGUCAAAGUGCUGCUGGAGAAAGGAAGAAAGGAGGUGAAGGGGAAUGAAGAGAGACUAAAGCCACUCCCUCUGCCUCAGAGCCUAAACACAGAACUCAGGAGGACCAUACUCCCAGGGGGGCCGGACACUGCUCUGCCAGCGUCAGACACAGCCACACCCCUAGGCAUUCCUAGCCACACCCCCUGGCCGUCCCAGCCACACCCCCUAGGCCCCUAGCCUUCCCAGUCACACCCCUAGACCUUAUUCCAGUCAGUGACUGUGGCUCCCAGUGCCCUUUGAAUGGUGCUGGCGUUACCGCCUGUUUCUGUGGAGACAGUGCAAAACUGUUGCUGCAAACCGCUUCUAAAAGUUUAGGGUCUUUGUACUGUGUUUUUGAUAGAGUACUGGGAGAUGCUUUGAAGUCCUAGUGUGAAUACAAAAGGCAAAAUUAUCAUGUUUUAAUGGGAAUAUUUCAAAUGAGAACAUGCUGCACUCAAUGGCCCAAUUAGCUUAUAGACUCCAUACAUGAUAUGGCAUUAUUGUGUUCAUUAUUCUUCAAAGGAUUGUGUGUGUGUGUGUGUGUGUGUGUGUGUGUGUGUGUGUGUGUGUGUGUGUGUGUGUGUGUGUGCACA